GAUUGGGACUAUUGAAGAUUUGUGAUGUUCCACAAUUAUCGUAUACCAAAAGAGAACCUCUUAUCAAGAACUGGAGACGUUGAUGCAAAUGGAAACUUUAAAAGCAAGAUUAAGGACAGCCGAAAGAGAUUAGGAGCUUCAUUAGGAGCACUUUCCGCAGGAAGGGUCAGCAUUUGCUCCAUUGCAUAUGUUGCCUUAUGCAAGGCAAUCACAAUAGCUGGUCGAUACUCAGCUUGCCGAAAGCAGUUCGGGCCAGAUGGCAGUUCAGAAGAAUUGCCAGUGCUUGAAUACCAAUCCCAACAGUACCGCAUUUUGCCACAUCUUGCAACUGCUUACGCCAUUAGAGUCUUCUCACUUUGGUUAGGAAAAGAAAGCGUUGAACUUCAGAUAAAAACUUUUAUGGGCGAGGAUGUAUCAAGCCAGGGCAUGGAACUGCAUGGUCUAUCAUCGGCUGCAAAACCUGUCUGUACGUGGGCUGUCCGUGAUGGUAUUCAAGAAUGUCGAGAGGCUUGUGGUGGACAUGGGUAUCUCAAAUGUACUGGAAUCGGUGAUUUGAGAAAUGACCACGAUGCUAACUGUACAUACGAGGGCGAGAAUAAUACUCUAAUUCAACAAGCUUCAAAUUGGCUGAUAUCAAUUCGUCGCGGUGAAAACAACUUUGAAGAAGCAUCACCAAUGAGAUCGGUUAGUUUUCUCAAGGACAUGGAUAAGAUUCUUAAGAGUCAAGCUGAGUUUCAAAGUGUCGAAGGGGCCUUAAAUGAAGACAGUCUUCUUCAUACUCUUAACUGGUUGUGUGCCUUUCAACUAGAUCUCGCUGUAAAGAGAGUUGAAGAUCUUCAAAAAAGUGGUCAGAGUCCAUUUGAAGUUCGAAAUAACUCACAAGUAUUCAUAGCAAGCAAUUUAUCAAUAAUAUAUGCUCAGCGGACUAUUUUCUAUGUUUUCUACAAAUUUGUUCGUGAUUUGCCAGAAAGUUCUGAAAAGGAUGUUCUGAGAAAGGUACUAUCAUUUUAUGGAGCUAAUUUGGUGAUGAAGCAUUUAGCGUUACUCUAUCAGGGAAACUUCUUUAAAAACACGAAUCAGGCUGAAUUGUAUCAAAAAGGAAUUUUGGUUUUGUUGCCUGUUUUGAAAGAUGAAGCAAUUAGUUUGAUUGAUGCAAUUGCACCCACAGAUUUUUGUUUGAACUCACCACUGGGAUUGAGUGAUGGAAACAUUUACUUGAACUUACAAAAUUCAAUCAUGCAAGCACCAGAUGUGCUAGGACGUCCAAGUUGGUGGCGAGAAGUUACUCAUAAAGAAUUUUUGCAGUCUAAAAUUUGAAGAGAUUCAACAAGGGUGUGGGAUAAUAUUGGUAUAGCUACUUUUUCAAAAAUGAUUUGAAAUCCAGUUUUAAGCACAAUGUUUUGUUUUAAUAUUUUGUAAGUCGUUAUGCAAUGAAGUAAUAAAAUGUGUUUUUGUACUUGAGGUGGAAAGGAAGUAAAAAUCAA